AUGAGCCAUCGUCCUGAUCGAUCACCUUUUCUGCUACUCUUCAGCUUAGAAAGGGUCUGGGACCCCAUCUUCUGGGUUCACGAGGGAACGGAGGAACACGAGGAGCCUUUGUUCGGCGCUUGUGCGUAUUGGCCAGAGUUGAAAGAGGCCCUUGGGUAUGAGGUUUGGACUGACGAGCAGUUGGCCGAGUGGAAGCUGAAGAGCGGGUAUGGUGCCUAG